AUAGAUAAAGUAUAGUAGAUAAAUAAGUAAAUUAACAUAAAUAUAACAUCACUUAUUGGUGUGCUCCGAUGAUUGGAGAAAUAGUGAGAUUAUCACAUGCCUUCGAGUGUUGAGUGUUCUCUGAUGAAAAGAUAACGAUAUCAGUUCACACCGAUCUAUUUUCGGUUGUUGGUUUGAUGGCACUUGGUGUGAUUUUCUCUGUUUCCUCCGAAUACACACACUGAAUUCUUCGAACGGCUAUGGAUUCAAAUGGAUUGGUCGCACGUUUCAUUUCUACGCACAUUGGAUAUAAUGUCGGUAUCUCAGGCCAAACAGUCAUAUGGAGGCAUAAAUGGAAUUACGCGAGAUGAUAAGGGAAAUCAAACAACUAGAUAUGCAUUGGCUAGUGAAACUGGUCUCGAUGGACCAGAUCAGGUACUGUCUGCGGAUGUAGAUAUCACAAGUGACGCUAACGGCAGAGUACGAAUAAAGUUAGACAGCAAUGGACUCAAUUCAAUCAUGCCCCAAUCAAUUCCUGGAAUUUUCACUAAAACAGCGAAACGUUAUCCUGAUCAUAUCGCGUUGGUGUCCAGACCUGAUGCCAACGGCAAAAGAACUACGUAUACCUUCCAAGAAUACGAGUCUUCUGUAAGAACCGUGGCGAAAGCGUUUUUGAAGCUAGGUUUGGAGAGAUAUCAUAGCGUUUGCAUAUUAGGAUUCAAUAGUCCUGAAUGGUUCAUUGCCGAUCUUGCGGCUAUAUACGCUGGUGGCUUUGCUACGGGGAUUUAUACCACAAAUUCUCCAGAGGCGUGUCAAUAUUGCGCUGAACACAGUCAGGCAAAUAUAAUAGUCGUUGAAGAUGACAAACAAUUGCAGAAAAUCUUGCAGAUAAAACACAAUUUGCCCGACUUGAAAGCAAUUGUUCAAUACGAUGGCGUACCCACCGAUAAGGAUACCUUGAGCUGGAACAAUUUAUUGGACAUAGGUAAGAAAGAAUCAGAGGACAAAUUACAAUCCGUGUUAAAAACAAUUGGAGUAAAUGAAUGCUGCACUUUAGUAUAUACGUCAGGAACGGUUGGAAAUCCAAAAGCUGUAAUGUUAAGCCAUGAUAAUGUAUUACAUGACCUACGUAUGUUAUUAUUAGCGCUAGGAAAUGUACUGAAAGAAAAAUCUGAGAUCGUAAUUAGCUAUUUGCCAUUAUCUCAUGUUGCAGCACAGAUAAUUGACAUCAUAGCAAAUAUUAUGAUGGCUACCACAGUAUACUUCGCAGAUCCAGGUGCAUUAAAGGGUACAUUAAUAAAUACAUUAUCUGUAGCGCAACCGACCAUAUUCCUAGGAGUGCCUAGAGUAUGGGAAAAGAUAUAUGAAAAAAUGCAAGAGAAGGCGCGCAGUAACGGCACGAUAAAGACCUGUAUUGCUAAAUGGGCGAAAGCACAAGGACUUUCGUAUUAUACGAAUAAACUGAAUGGUGUAGAUCAUAAGCAUUGGGGUUACAUUUUAGCAAAAUGGCUUGUUUUUGACAAAGUGAAGGCGGUAUUGGGUUUCAACAGAUGCCAAUUAUUCGUUACAGCAGCAGCACCCUUAAGUAACGAUAUUAAAAAAUAUUUUAUGAGUUUAGACAUGCCCCUAUUAGAGGUAUACGGAAUGUCUGAAAGUGGUGGGGCUCAAACGUUAACCAGCAAAGAUUUCAUGGAGGGUGUGGGAAGACCUAUACCUGGAGCAUAUACAAAAUUAGACAAUAUAAAUGAACAUGGUGAGGGAGAGGUUUGUAUGGGUGGACGACAUAUAUUUAUGGGUUAUUUAAAAGCACCAGAGAAAACCGAAGAAGCGAAAGAUAAAAGUGGCUGGUUACACUCUGGUGAUCUUGGCAAAUUUGAUUCAAAAGGGAAUUUGUUUAUCACUGGUAGAAUAAAAGAACUAAUAAUCACAAGUGGAGGGGAGAAUGUGGCACCAAACAAUAUAGAGCAUGCGAUAUUGUCGGAAUUGCCAUAUUUAAGUAAUGCCAUGGUGAUUGGAGAUAAAAGGAAAUAUUUAACAGUGCUUGUCACACUUAAGAGUGAUAUGAAUAUAGAGACUGGUGCGCCAUUGGAUACGUUAAAUCCCGAUGUAUUAAAAUGGGCACAGUCUAUCGGUAGUAGUGCCAAAACAGUCACAGAAGUCAUAAACUCUCGUGAUCCAGCCAUAUAUGGAGAAAUCGACAAAGCGAUUAAAAGAGCAAAUACGCAAGCUAUAAGUAAUGCUCAAAAAGUACAAAAGUUCGAAAUUCUUCCUCAUGACUUUUCGAUUCCAACCGGUGAAUUAGGACCCACGUUAAAGCUUAAGAAGAACGUGGUUCAGAAGAUGUAUGCUGAUUUGAUAGAUAAAAUGUAUGAAUGAAAUCACGUGCUACUGUAUUAAUAAGGGAUGUACUAUUAAAAAUUUUUAUACCGGUUUUAUAAAGUGCCUUGAUAUCCAGAUAUCUGAUAUUUUUUAAAUGCGACAUGUGUUUACAUCUUAAUUCAUUUUUUACAUUUUAAUCCAGAUGGUUUAAUUUUAGAAAAUAAACUAUAUAUCUAUAGAUUCAUUAGCAAGAGUCACACUGACAUAAAUAUUUUUGACAUCUGUAUGAAGAUUAUAUAUUUUAUAAAGGCCAAAGCACAGAUAUUUUUGCAUAAUGCAAAGUAAUUAACCAAUCAGAAUCCUUCAUUUUUAUCUUGGAAAGCACGGUUAUACCAUGCUGGAAAGGAAAACAAGGAUCUUGGUUAAUUCUCUUAUACGUUAUCUGUGCUUUGGCCUCAAGAGAGCACAGAGUAAUCAUAAUAAUGACAUAUACAAUAAGUUAGAUUUAUAUACAUAUAUAAUAAGCAAUAUAAAUAUAUUUUGCAAUUAUGCAAUUAUAUAUAAAUAAAAUAUCACAUAAAU